AUGAGCAUGGACGCAGGCGGUCUUGCUCAAAUGACCUACAACAACUUCCAGUCCGGAGGCCUCGGUAUGCCUACCGGUGGGUUUGGAUCCCGCGGUAAGGGUGCUUCGCUCAAGCGCCUGAGCGUUGCCUCUCCCCCAAAGGUCGCGUCCAUCGCCGAAAACUCUGCGGAGGUGGCAACUCCCCGCACCAGCCGCUCUCAUCUCCUUGCUGGUCUGCGUACUGCCCCGAAGACGCCUACAUCUGCCCAGCCUCCUGCGUCGGCCCCAUACGGUCAGCGUCAGCACAAUAUGGGUGCUCGCCAGGGCUAUAACGGAGCCCAGGGCAUGCCGCAGACUGCCGUGGGCGCUGGUUUCACCAGUGCGCCCCAGUACAACCAGCAGCAGCAGCAGCAUAUGAUGUAUGACCAGGUCCUGGCACCUCCCUCGCUCCAGUUCGAAGACGGUGAAAUCGACCCCAACAUCGCUGCCCAGCUUCUCGCUACUGAGAUCUACCUGGCCCAGCGCCAGCAGCAGCUCCAGCAGCAGCUUCUCAACCUCACUGCUCAGCAGUUUGGCAACUUGAACCUGGGCGGUGGUAUGCGUCAACAGUCGUUCCCCAACACGCCCUACACUCCGUACGGCCAACAGUCCCAGAAUGCCUUGAUUCAGGAGACUGGCCAGCCCGGUGUUUACCUGGUCUACAACCAGUUGACCGGCCAGUACCAGUACGUGGUGGAUCCUGCUCUGCAGGAGAUGGCAGAGCUCCAAGCUGCCGGUCUUUCCAACUCUCCGCCUCCACCUACUCCUGGUUAUGCGCCAUCUCCGCCAAAGUCGAACACACCGACCGUCCAGGUGUCGCCUCCCCACGAGUCCAACCCAAGCCCUUGGGCCUCGCGCAGCUCUUCUCCGCCGAAGAAAUCGAACACGCCGCCCCAGAACUUCGACCCGCUUCCGCCGCCAUCUGCUAACGCUUUCCGCCGUGGCCACAAGAAGACUCUUUCUUCGCUUGCUUUGGAUGGGAAGACUGAUAUUGAGGGUCCCAAGUCUGCUUUUACUCGCCCCGUCGGGUUCCCUGCUACCCCGAACACCGGUACUUUCGGUCCCGGCCAAGCGCGUGCUGGAGAGCACCCAAUCCGUCAGCCCCGUGGACCGCCUUCCAUUGACGAAUUGAAGGAGAAGCCUACCACCAAGCACGAGGGUAGCAAGAACUUUGCUGCUCGUCAACGCCGACAGGCUGUGAGCAACCUCGUCCGCGCCGGAGUGGGACGCCGCACCCAGCGUCCCGAUAGCGCCGGUAGCGCCAGCCCAGUGAGCGAGACGGAGAUGUCUUUCCAAUCGUCCGACAACGACACCGACAGCGUCCGAAGUGCCGGCAGCGGCAGCCUUUCUGGCAAGCAGAGCAUCGGCAGUCUGCGUGCAGCUGCUAACGGUGCUAUUGGCUCCGAGAGGAAGGCGUCCAAGGAGCGUUCCCGGGACCGCACUGGUGACCGAUCAUACACUGCCAACAGCAUCAGCAGUGAUGAGGGCGCUGGCAUCGGCGGUGGCUUGGUUGAGAUUCGAGCUGAAGAGCAAAGGCAGCGCAUGCCCAAGCUUGUUCUCACUUCCGCUGAGAAGCGCAAGAGCUCGAUGUUCUAG